AUGUCGGCAAACUAUCCUAAUAUCAGCCCACAGCUAUGGUCUGUUAUCGCUCCACACGUGCCUAAAUCGUCACCACAACAAGACCCCUCUACCUUAUCAUCUUAUCUUAAAUUCAAAGUCGAGAAGUCGAUCCUGGACUUGAGAGUCAAAUUCGAGGACAAGAUUCUGGAUGGUUCUGUAACGUACAUCAUAAAAUCUCUGGUUAGCACCAAAGAGCUAGUUUUGGAUACUGCUCAUCUCAAAAUCAAAAACGUGAGAAUCAAUGAUAUUGUGCAGUCCUUUGAGCUGAGACCAAGCGACGGUCCUUUAGGCGUUCCCUUGCAUGUUGGCUACGACUUCAAAGCCGGCGAAGGUUUCAAGCUUGAAAUUUUUUACGAAACGACCAAAAAUGGUACCGCUUUGCAGUGGCUCGAGCCAGCACAGACUGACGGCAAAAAGCUUCCAUACUUGUUCUCCCAGUGCGAGGCUAUCCAUGCGCGCUCUUUCUUCCCGUGCUUUGAUACUCCCUCUGUUAAAAGUCCAUUUGAGUUUAAUAUUCAAUCUUCUCUGCCGGUGUUGAUGUCUGGUUUGUUGUCUGAGAAAAUACAUCUGGAAGACGGAACUACCCUCUUCAAAUUUUACCAGCCGGUUCCAAUUCCAUCUUACCUGUGCUCCAUCGCAUCUGGAGACCUGAAAGACGCACGAAUAGGGCCUCGCUCGAGGGUUUGGACUGAACCCAGCUUUUUGGAAGCCUGUCAAAGCGAGUUCAAGGAUGAUACUGAGAAUUUCAUCAAGACAGCAGAAAGUCUUGUUUUCGAAUAUGAGUGGAAAGAUUACGAUGUUUUAGUGCUUCCUCAGUCGAUGCCUUUUGGUGGCAUGGAGCAUCCUAACUGCACUUUCGCCACUCCAACUUUAAUUUCUGGUGACAAAGAGAAUGUUGAUGUCAUUGCGCACGAAUUGAGCCACAGUUGGGCAGGCAAUCUAGUGACCAAUGGAUCCUUUGAACACUUCUGGCUCAAUGAGGGAUGGACUGUUUAUCUGGAGCGCAGAAUCCUAGAGAGAUUGCAUGGUGAAAAGCAUAGACAUUUUAGCUCGAUCAUUGGAUGGACUGACCUGGAGAACUCAAUUGCUGCUAUGGGCAGCACUGCUUCGAAAUACAGCAAGCUAGUGCUCAAUCUGAAGCACGGUGAUGAUCCAGACGAUUCGUUCAGCACAGUUCCUUAUGAAAAAGGUUUCAACCUUCUGUUCCAUAUUGAACAGACCCUUGGAAGCAAAGAAGCAUUCGACCCGUUCAUCAAGCAUUACUUCAACAAGUUCAAAUACAAGUCCUUGGAUACGUACCAGUUUUUAGACACUCUUUACGAGUUCUAUUCUGAUAAGAAGGAGCUACUAGACACCAUUGACUGGGAGACCUGGUUGUAUGCUCCAGGUCUGCCUCCAAAACCGAACUUUGACACCACUCUCGCCGACGAGUGUUUCUCGCUCGCGGGCAGAUGGAUUAAGGUGAUCAAUAAUGCUCCUGAGUUGCUAGAGUCCACCUUUUCGCCUUCUGAUAUUGAGAACUUCACUUCCAACCAGAAUGGUGUCUUUCUGGACAAGCUUGUUUCUUAUCAAAAUCAAGAAGAUUUCGAUUGGAGCUCCAAAAAUGGCCAGAAGGCGAUUGAAGUCAUGAAAAAGAAGUACACAAAGUACGAGAAUUCUAGCAAUGCUGAGGUCAUUUUCAGAUGGUUCCGACUGCUGCUAACGGCCCAAAUUCAGUCUGAAUACCAAAAACUUGCCGACUGGCUGGGUACCGUUGGUAGAAUGAAAUUUGUUAGGCCAGGAUAUGUGCUGCUUAACGAGGCUGACAGGGAGCUGGCCAUAGCUACCUUUAAGAAAUAUGAGCAAAGCUACCAUCCUAUCUGCAAGGCCAUGGUGAUGAAAGAUCUCGGCCUGAACUAA